AUGGCUCAGCAGCUUGGGUACAAUGAGGCUGUUGGCUCAGCCAUGGGCAGAGGGGACGAGGGGUGGGGCAGGAUGAGGCCCCUGGACGCCUGGUGCUGGGUGGCAAUGCUGCUCCUCGCUCUCUUCGCCGAUGUCACCGGCAGUCGCCGCGGGGCCGGUGGCCGAGCCGGUGGCCGAGGAGGUGGCGGGGGUCUCCGGGGGGGUUUUCGGGCCAUCUCCCGUGGCACCGGCGGCACUCCGGGCCGUGGCUCCAAGGUGGCGGGUGCCAUCGCUGCCGGUGCUGCCGCCGGGUACGGAAUGGGUCUUUUGGGUCGCCCGCGGCCAUCGCGCCUGGGUCACGGCAUCCCGGUGGCCCGGCAGCCUUCGUCGGCGGGGGGGUUUCACGCCCCGAGUUGGCCGGACCUGGGUGGCAAGCGAGGAACCCCCAGCCCAGCCCCUCGCCCCGGGGCCACCAUCUCCGCGCUGCUCUUGGGCUCCACCGCCUGCAUCCUCCUGCAGCGCUGA